AUGUUCCGUCUUAGCGUUCUGCUCACCAUCGGCUUGGCCGUAUCGGCCUUCGGAAACGUACUGUCCCCGGAGUUCACCGAGUGGGCUGGACGUAUCGUUGGUGGAACGAACGCCGGAACCAACCAGUUCCCGUACCAGGUGUCGCUGCGUUCGGCAGGCAAUGCCCAUUUCUGCGGCGGCUCCAUCAUCAACAACCGCUACGUCCUGACGGCGGCUCACUGCACCAUUGGCCGCACCACCGGUAACACGGUCUCCGUCGUCGGAGCCCUUUUCCUGAACUCUGGCGGAAUUGCUCACGGCACGGCCCGCAUCGUCAACCACCCGAGCUACAACGCCAACACGCUCGCCAACGAUGUCUCGCUGGUGCAGACCGCCUCGGUCAUCACGUACAACGCCGCUGUCCAGCCGAUCGCUCUCGGAGGAAACUUCGUCACCGGCGGUGGUGCCGUCGCUUCCGGUUGGGGUCAGCUCGGAGCCAACGUUGGUAUCCCGAACCACCUGCAGUUCCUGAACACCCAGAUCAUCACGCUGGCUGACUGCCGCAAUCGCCAUACUGCUACUGGCAACGCUGGCCGCAUCUUCGACUCGACCGUCUGCACGCUCAGCCCGAACGGCCAGGGCAUGUGCAUGGGAGACUCCGGUGGCCCGCUGGUUCAGGGAGGCGCUGUGCACGGUAUUGUGUCGUGGGGCAUCCCGUGCGGACUUGGCCAGCCUGAUGUGUUCGCUCGCGUCUCUUCCUUCAUCGGCUGGAUCCAGGCCAACGCUGUCUAA